AUGGAAGUCAAACCUCCGCCAACAUGUCCUCCCAUGAGUCCCAGUGACUACCCUGAAAUUCCGACUCGAACGCCACGUGCGACUAUUGAGAAAAUGCGUGCCCUCUGCAUCGACGGGAAUUUGCUUGAAUUCCGUGAGGUUUUCGAUUUAUUGCGCCCUCAUCCGGUGUCUCAAGACUUUGAAAUACGCGAAUUCUAUGAAGUUAUGGUUGAGGCCAUCAAGCGGGAAAACGUAUGGAGGAACCUGAUCGGUCAGGGGAAUGUGGCAAUGCGGGACAAAGCCAGUUCCAUGCGGCGGCGUGAAAUGGUGUUGAGGAGCAGCCGGGCGAUAAUGGAUGGUAUCGUCCACAUUGACCGCGAUCAUCAUGUGUAA